GUGAUACUGGCCAAGGAGCAAGAGCAUGGAUAAAACAGAUUUUGAAUCAAGACAUGACUUUCCAACAUAUAAAAGUAAUUUACCCAACGGCUCCUGCCAGGCCAUAUACACCUAUGAAAGGAGCCUUUUCCACUGUUUGGUUUGACAGGUAUAAGAUCUCUAAUGACUGUCCAGAACACAUUGAAAGUAUUGAUUCUAUGUGCCGGGGACUUACAGACUUGAUCAACGAUGAGAUUAAAAAUGGCAUUGCAAAGAAUAGGAUACUAAUAG